GUGUGGAAUUCAUUUCCUGUUCUGCAGCUCUCAGAGUCAAAGUGAACGAGGAGUCGGAGUCAUGAACUGAAAACUGUGAUCUGAACAUGAAGAAGGAGCGCUGACUCCUCUCUUCUCCUGCUGGAUUCUUCCCCGCUCCAGGAGGACUGAGGAGGACUGAGGAGGAGGAAGGGGGUCCACCAUGGCCGAGCCCCUGCUGAAGAGAACCUUCUCCAGGCUGAGAGGCAAAGACAGAUCCAGGAGGAAGACGGACCCCAAACUGAGCGAUGUUCCAGUCAAGAAUGACUCUGUCCUCCAGACUUCUUCAUCACCAUCAUCACCAUUGAUGACAACGACAAGAACUCCAACAGCAGACCCUGACCCCCCCUCUCCCCCACAUAACCACAUCACAGUUGCUAAGAAACAGUCGUGGGCAUGGCAGGGCUCCGUGGCUCCGCCCAGCGCCCUGCCCUCUGGCUCCGCCCCCAGAACCUCUGACUGGGAGCGAGCAUCAGGAAUACCCCAGGAUGCAUCUGGGCAGGCCUGGAGUCAGAGGCUAGCACAGGAUAAGACAGAGCAGUGCGGUGACAGGAUGUGUGUCAGUCUGGCCUGGGAUAUGACCAGCAUCCCCUGUGUUCCUGUCAGUUCUAUGGCAGUCCACCAGGAAGCCCCCCAGCCAGCAGGGGGCUUCCCUGAUGUGCCUGCCACCUCCGUCAGCACCAAGUCUGGCCAGCGUGCAUAUCUGCAAAGCCUGGAUCGCAGCAGCCGAGCCUGGGUGCUGUCUUCAGGAAAGAUCCAGGCUUCAGACGAGGCCUGUAGGCUGCAGGAGGACAGCACCAGCAACAUCUGGUACAACCCAAUCCCUGAGGAGGAGGAUGCAGGAGGUCCACGCAGGGAGGAGGAGAUAUGGAGGAAGAGGGACGAGAGGGAGGGCGGAGGAGCAACAAAGAGGCCAGGAGAUGCCAGAGCAGUGCUGGGAGGAGGGUGGGUUGGGUCAGCAGAAAGUCGUAGCAGUGACUGUCCACUGGAGGAUGCCAAUCCAAGUGUUAGCCAUCACACUGAUGACAUCACAACAGAAAACACAGACUCCCCGCCCUCAGACUCUAGCCCCGCCUCCCAAAAGAAAGGGGGCGUGUCUGGCAGUGUGAUUGACAGGCUGAGGUCCCCUGGUACAGUGAGGAAACUCUCCCUAAAGAUGAAGAAACUUCCUGAGCUGCGCCGCAAACUCAGCCUUCGCUCCUCAUCUCGUGCCCAUCGUCAGGGUAACGAAAGCAGAGGGGGCGGGGAUGAAUCGACCAGUAAGAAUGCAACAUCAUCAUCAACCUUGUCUAACCAGAAUGUGAUCAGCAGAUAUCACCUGGAUAGUUCCGCCCCUCCAGCCAGAGCGCUGCAACGAUCAUCGAGAGGACGCUCUGCCAGUAAAGGAGGUUAUCUUAGUGAUGGGGACUCCCCGGAGCUGCUGCCACGUCAACAGGCCCCUCCCCCUACAACUUCCCAAGAAACGGCAUGUGACGUCAGUUCUUUUCGAUUGUACGUGAGCUCCGAUCCACAGCGAUGCAGCCAGCGGGUGACGGGUUUACUGACUGUCCAUCUGCUGGGCCUGGAGGAGAUGAAGGCCAGCAGGUCAGAGGGCAGUAAGGAGGUCUUCCUGGCCAUCCAGAUCGACGGGGUGACGAGAGCGAGGACUGCCCUCCUGACCCUGCGGGGCUCCGCCCUCUCGUUAAACCACGCCUUCCACCUGGAGCUGGAGAGAGCCCGGCAGCUCCGCAUAGUGGUGUUAACACCAGCCAAUCCACAAGCAGUGGGCGGGUCUAAAUCACGCCCAUCAGGGACGGAUCAGAGUCAGACUUCAGGUGGUCCAACCAGAAACAGAGUCUGCUGUCUGGGUGGAGUCUCCAUCCCUCCACUCUUUAAAGGGAGUCGAAGUCAGCAGCUCUGUGUGAAGUUGGAGCCCAGAGGUCUUCUUUAUGUCAAGCUUUCACUACAGGAAAAAUGGGACACACAGCCCAGCAGUGACACAUCAGUGCCUGCUAAUGUGUUUGGGGUUGAAUUGCACCAUCUGGUGGAGAAAGAAGGAUCUGCAUCUCCAGUCCCUCUACUGAUCCAGAAAUCUGUGGCAGAGAUAGAACGAAGAGGACUGAAGGUGGUGGGUCUGUACAGACUGUGUGGUUCUGCUGCGGUGAAGAAGGAGCUCAGGGAUUGGUUUGAGAGGAACAGUUCAGCUGUCUGCCUCAGCGAGGACCUCUACCCUGACAUCAACGUCAUUACAGGUAUACUGAAAGACUACCUGCGGGAGCUGCCAUCUCAGCUCAUCACCAGGACUCUAUACCAGGUCGUCAGGGAGGCCAUGACCCUACGACCCCCACCCGCAACCCCUGAUCCUCAGCUGGCCCAGAGCACUGUGGAGCUGCUGUCCUGUCUGCCGCCUCCAGAGAGGGCCACCCUGUCUCUCUUGCUAGAUCACCUCAGCCUGGUGGCGUCCUUCAGCUCGUCCAACAGGAUGACACACCAGAACCUCGCCGUCUGCUUCGGCCCGGUGCUCCUCACCCCAACCCAGGAGGCCUGGAAGGGGGGAGGAGGAGGGGGGGGGAGGGGAGGAAGAGGAGGCGGGAAAGGAUUCGGUCAUGGUGAAGAGAUAGCGAGUGCAGUGGAUUUCAAACGACAUAUCGAGGCGUUGCACUACCUGCUGCAGCUGUGGCCAGUGCCGACCCAUCGAAUCCCAGCAGAUGACCACAUCGAAGUCUCCCCGCCUCCCUCCCCCGCCCUUACCUAUAACCCCCUGGGCCAGCAACAGCAGCGGCAUCCUGCGCUGCGGUUGGCUCUGCCUCAGAACCCCGAGGAGGUGGUGGUGUCACGUCGAGGUCGAGGCGGUUUGGCCAGGCUGGAGAGUCCGCCACCGAUAAAUCGGUAUGCCGGAGACUGGAGCAUCUGUGGACGAGAUCUUCUGUCCGGACAGGAGGCCGAUUAUGACGAGGUGGCAGGAAGUGAGAGUGAUGGAGGCAGCGGUGAUGAAGAGGAGGAGAAGAAGGAGGUGUGGUCAUCAGGAGGAGGAGAAGGAGGAGGUCUGUACGUGGACGAGUUCAUGGAUUUUGAUGCUCCGUUUAACUGUCGACUCAGCCUGAAGGACUUCGACACUCUGAUCCACGACCUUGACCGAGAGCUGGCCAAACAGAUCAACAUCUGUCUGUAGAGGAAGAAGAGGAGGAGGAAGAGGAGGAGGUCUGAGUCUAAAUUAUAAAUUUAAUAAAAGUUAUUUUUGUUAUGCCCUGAUGUAAUGCUCUGCUCAAAGGUUCCUCAACAGUACUAUUAGUAUUAUCAAACAACUACAACAGAAUACAAUUAUUAUAUCUGAUACAGCAAACUGACCUCAGAUCAGCUGCUAGUUUGACCUCUGACCUCCUCACAGCUUCCUCUGAUCUCUGCAGCAAGUGAAGAGAAUUUUUCAGCAUCGUUACUGUCAUCAGGAAACCAGACUGAAAACAUCGCCGCUGUCAAAGAAAAAUAAUCUGCAUAUUUUCUUGUAAAGACGAGAAAACUUUAAGAUAUAAACUAGAUUUGUUUCUAUUUGCAGCAUCACAAUUUCUUGAUGAGAACGUUCUUUCAUAAUAAGUUUAAAUAAGUUUAAUUAAGUUUAAAUCCCAUAAUUAUGAGAAUUGCAAGAUAUUAGAUCUCAUAUUUAUGGGAUUAUUAAACCUGUUAUUUUAUGAGAUAUAUGUGAUAGGAGAUUUGGAAGUUAUAGUUGGUGAAUGCACUUCCAUCAGCAUUGAGCUGGAGGAGAGUGAGUGUUUUUUCAGAGCGAGCUGCAGACCUCGCUCUCGGAUUUUAAACUCCUGAGCGAAAAGAUGAGUUUAACUCAAAAAGAUGGAUGCCGUUCUCAUAGUGUUUGUUACCUGCGUCUCUGGAUGUUUCCUGACUUCUGCUGGUCAUCAUGGAGGAUGAGCUACAGUCUGUGCCAAAAAUCUAAAUCAAACCAGAUUAAUUUAUUUCUCUGAUCCAAAGAUAAAAGCAGCUUCAGUGUUAAUAUGAAGGAGGAGAGUUUCUCUCUGAGGCAUCGCUGCGGAGGAACGACAGGAACACAAACUUCAGAGAACUACACUGUUGGUUCCCUCUUCAUAACAUUAUUAUUAUUGAUGAACAGAUCUUCUAAUGAUAAAGACCCUCUGAAGUCACAGAAGUGAACUGAACUGUGUUGUUGUUGUUGUUCUGGGUAUCAGGGUCGGAUCAUGUCGGAUCAUGACGGAUCCAGUUGGACUGUAUCGGGGCUUUUUGCACUGUUGAAGCCAUAAUUUCACUUGUUGAAACUUUUAGUUGAAGAGAACAAACUGCAGAACUCAUCGUUCUGCUGCUUUAUCCAAUCAGAGUUCCCUUCACUCUGAUCAGCUUAAAUGUUUUUAUAUUUAUUCUCUUUUCUUUGACAGACUUUUGAAUGUGAUGUGACUUGACAUCUACAGAGCUCCUGAAAGGUCACAGUGUUUUUCUGAACCAUUGUGUUUCCUCACAGGAUCUGAACCUAGUUUUUCUAUCAGCUAUGACAGAUACUGUAUGUGAAGGAUGACACUGGACAAGUUGUACGUGGUUGCAGCUGCUGUCAGAUCUCUGGCUUCUUCUGGAAAUAUGGAUCAGAGGGAGUAAAACAAGUGUUGCCAAAGAACAGAAACGUAGUUCAGAAAAAAAUAAAUCCCACUGUGACUUUUUCAGGUAGUAAGAUCUUUAAAAGAAUCAGAUCACAGUUACAGAGCUGCUCACAGAAUUAUGGACUUGUUGCAUAAAUGAGACACAAACACCAGCAGACAGUCGGCUGUUUUUGAUGAAAAGAAGGUUCCGUGUUUUUUUUUGCUGAAAUUUAAAAUUUCUGAUGAUUGAUGGGCUUUAAAAAUGUGAUGUUUCAGGAGUCCAUGACUUCAUAAAUAACUCUGACUCUGGUGGCUGAUAACAGUCUAAUAGACAUAUGUGUUUUUAGCAUCAUUAGCACGUAGCAUUAGCAUGUAGUUUGACUGUUUGUAGCUGUUUUUUUCUUUAAAAAUGGCAAUGACAACCUGAAGGGAGAGUGGGAAGGGCUUAACAUACCACAUCCACUGAGUCAGAGAAGAAAAAUAAGUCUGCUUUCAUCUGAACGGACAAUACAUAAAUAUCUGAUGUGAUUUUUAACAUUUUUAAACUUAUAAAGCUCAGGAAGAAAAACACGAAGCAUGUUGAGCUCAGCACAGCGUCCAGCGGUCGUGUUCUGUUGUUGGUGGUAUUAAAGCCAUAUUCCUCCAGGGGGCGCUGUGAUGUCACAUCGGACACAGUUACUAUUCAUGUUGCAGGUUUCUGUUGGCAGGCUGAGCAUCAGAGCAAUGUGAGCUGCAGCCGGUCUUCAGUAUUUUCACGGUACAGAGUUUCUGAGUGCGAUGACUUUGUGAAGCCACAGAAGGAAAACGAUGCCAUAUUCAGUGUUAAUGAUGAUGUUGUUGUUUUAUAGUUUUCUGUGUUUGUCAUUAUUUGACAGUAUUAUUUUGUUUUGCACAACUUCAAUAAGCACUUAUGUUUUUUAUUGACGAUGACCAUGUUUCUAUGCAGAUGAUGUAACCAAAGUGUUGAAGCACAGUUCCUGUUGGAACAGACCACAGCAGCCUGUCUGUUUGUCUUAUUAACCUGACCAACUAUUAAACACAUUAUUAUUAUUA